UCCACUUGUCACCAUAGGCUUCUAUUCGUUUGUCGGUUCGCAAAAAUAUAUCACAAAAAUUAAGUGCGCGGCGUCUGGCUGACCUUGUUUUUUAUUUCUCAUUUCUACAUGAAAAUGCAUUGAAAGUUUUAUCUAAUCGUGUUAAAUAUUCAUCCAGUUUUACAUUUAAAUACAUUGUUCGUGUACUGCAUCUACUUCCACAUAAAUUUCUAGAAUUAAACUAAGAACAAUCGCCCAAAACAAUGGAAACUCCCCUGAAAAGUAAAAUCUUAGCUAAGCUUUUGCAGAACGAUGGACUGCAAACCCCGGUGGCCAGUCAUUCCAUUGGCAGUACAGAUCGACAAGCCCGACACAUCACGAGCAUCACACGGUUACCAUCGUCUCCUUUUCUGAAGAAACUCGGUUUCGGAACUGGCGUCGAAGUACUUCGAAUAAAGAGAUCUCCAACGAAGAACUCAAACAAAUCACCAUGGGCAAUCAAAAUGCUUUCCCGACGAAGCACACCGGAGAAGGCUAAAUUGUUUGGCGAUCGAUUAACCGAGGAAGCUAACAUUCUAAGAUCGUUGAACCAUCCGAACAUAGUCGGUUAUCGGGGCUUUGACUCAUUGGAAGCCGGCAAAGAAUAUAUUGCAAUGGAAUAUUGCAAUACUUCGCUCGGAGAUAUGUUGCAGGAACGGUAUGACGAAGGACUCGGACCGUUGGAUGCCCAGAAAAUACAACGAAUGGCACUGGACACACUGAAUGCCCUAGACUACCUGCACACGGUAGCACUGAUUCUGCACGGAGAUCUCAAAUCGUUCAACAUACUGGUGAAGAACGACUUUGAAGUGUGCAAACUGUGCGACUUUGGUGUCAGUCUUCCGCUAAACAAGGAAGGCUACCUAGAUACGGAUAAGAAAAAGGAUGCCCAAUAUGUGGGCACCGGUAUUUGGUCGGCACCGGAAGUGCUGGAAGAAGACGUUUCGUUGAUCAGUUCCAAAGCAGACAUUUUCAGCUUUGGACUGGUGAUAUACGAAACAAUCGCACUGCUUCCACCGCACACUUUUCCCGGAAUGAAAGAUGAAAGUAUUGCCAGUUCGGCCGAUUAUGCCGUAAUGAAGUCCAUCAUCCACGGGAAACCGGGAAAUCCGGUCAAUAGGAAACUGGAUGUUAGCGAGGUGAUUGUGCUAGAUGAUGAAUCAGAGCAGGAGAGGAGCAUGUCCGAGGUGAAUGAACCUGUCCGGAAGCGAAAGCUAAGUCGAGAAGAGGAAAACGAACCCCAGCCGCCGAAGAAAGUUUCUUCGGAACCGGAUUCUACCACGGAUACGACAAUAAUUUCGAUCGCCGAUGAUAGUCUCCAGCAGGGCGAUAAAAGUGUGAUCACAGUUGAGGAUGACGACGACGAAGAUGACGAUGGUGUGGAAGAUGAAGAUGACGAUCUCGGUGAAGAGGAAGAGGAUCUGGAGGAAGACGAAGAAGGUGACUAUCUUGACUACGGUUGCUUGGGGACGCGCCCUGCCAUCCCGGAGGGAUUGAAUCUACCCGAGGAUUACAAUUUUAUACUGGAGGUAUUCUACGUGUGCACACAGGAAGACUACGAAGCGAGACCGUCGGCUAAAACUCUGCUGGCUGCAUGGCAGAAGAAAACGGACGGCAGUAGUGCUGGGUCGAACGGAGACAUUCCGGCGGAAACCACAGAGCCGACGGAAGACAAUCCGUAAUUGUUUGUGUUGUGGGCCCGGCUACGGAUGCAAAUUGUUUUAUUCUUCACAAAUGUUCUUUAACGAGUCAUUUCAAAUCAAGGAAAAAAUAUAUUUAGAAAAGUUAAAGCUACAAAA